AUGUCUGUUCAAAGCCAACACAGUGCCAAUAUUAUUAACCCUCCUCCACCAGAAUACAUAAAUAACAAAAGAAGUGGAUGUCAAACAAACCAGCUUCAGUACUUACAGAGGGUGGUCAUGAGAGCCAUGUGGAGACACAACUUUUCCUGGCCGUUUCACCAACCUGUAGAUGCAGCAGCACUGAAUCUUCCUGAUUAUUAUACUAUCAUAAAGAAACCUAUGGACUUAGGUACCAUAAAAAAGCGUCUGGAACACAAUUACUACACAAAAGCUGCAGAAUGCAUUGAAGACUUUAAAACUAUGUUUUGGAACUGCUACAUGUAUAACAAGCCAGGUGAUGACAUUGUGUUUAUGGCUGAAGAAYUAGAAAAAGUGUUUAUGCAGAAAAUAGCCCAUAUGCCACCAGAAGAAAGACUAGUGAAUCUCAAUAAAGGGAAGAGAAAAGGAAAGAAGACAGAAGAAACACCCCAGCCCAACCCUGGGACUUCAAAUGAACAAAGAACAAAUGAGCUACAAGCUGAAAGCAGUGAGCAGCCUCCAGUGAUGACUCAAGAGCGACAGCAGGUUACGUUGGCUCCUUUGUCUGCAGCUCAGCUGGCUGCUUUAAUGCCAGCUGCAGUCUCUAUUAAAAAAGCAAAAAAAGGGGUGAAAAGGAAGGCUGACACUACAACUCCUACUACUUCAAUAGGCACAGCAAGUGGUGAAUCUUCAGCAAUAUUUAAUGAAAGRAAAGCCAUUAAAGCAUGUGGGGGUGAAAAUGAAUGUGUGGUAACAAAUAAGCUUUCGAAGAGAUCCUUUUCAGAUUCUCAACAGCCACSUGGAAUUAGUAAAAAGAUUCAGUUGUCAGAAAAACUAAAACACUGUAAUGCAAUACUCAAAGAAAUGUUUUCAAAGAAACACGCAGCGUAUGCGUGGCCUUUCYUAAAACCUGUAGAUACGGCAUCUUUCUACACUGGGGAGAACCAAGCCAUUGCCAAAUGUCCUACCAACCUAGGAACCAUUAAAAAGAAAAUGGAUAACUUUGAAUAUAGUGACAUACAAGAAUUUGCUACAGAUGUUAGAUUAAUGUUCAUGAGCUGCUACAAACAUAAUUCUCCAGAUCAUGAAAUAGUUGCUAUGGCAAGGAAACUUCAGGAUGUUUUUGAAAUGCACUUYGCUAAAAUUCCUGAUGAACCUGUUGCAAGUGAUCAUCUGCCACAGCCUGUGAGAGAAAUGACAGAAGCUUAUUCUAGUGAAAGCAGUAAUGAUAACACAUCUGAAGAAAAAUCAUCUGAAGACUCUGAAGAGGAGAGAAAAGUGCACCUUGAAAAGCUUCAGGAGCAACUUAAAGCUCUUCACCAGCAGUUGUGGGCUUUGACCAAAGCAUGCUUAUCAAGACCAGAAAAGAAAAAAGGGAAGGCUAAAAGCGAGAAAAGAAAGAACAAGGAAAAAGCUGAAAUAAAAAGCUUGAUUCAAAAGAAAAAAAAUCUGAAAUACAUGAAGAAAUCCAAGAAAAAGCUGUCUUUAAACAUUCAAUCAAAGAAAACCAUGCAGCAGGUCUUGUUGGCACAUAAGUCAGAAGAUGAAGAUGGUGCCAAACCUAUGAAUUAUGAUGAAAAACGACAGUUGAGUUUGGACAUAAAUAAACUCCCUGGAGAUAAGCUUGGGAAAGUAGUCCAUAUAAUACAGUCAAGAGAACCUGCACUGAGGAACUCCAACCCUGAUGAGAUAGAAAUAGACUUUGAAACUUUAAAUGCUUCAACACUCAGAGAACUAGAGAAAUAUGUAGCAACCUGCUUGAGGAAGAAACAAAGAAAGCAGGCUAAAAAACCAACGAAGUCAAAAGAAGAACUUAAUUCUGAGAGGAAACAAGAGCUAGAGAAGAGACUGCAGGAUGUCAAUGGUCAACUAAACACAAAGAAGGAGAGCUUCAAGAUUGAAAACAAUGCUGAGUCAAGUACUGGGCCAAGCAGACUGAGCGACAGCACCACCUCUUCAGAUUCUGGCAGCAGCACUAGCAGUGAUUCUAGCUCCUCAGAUAGCAGUGACUCUGAAUCAGAAACCUGUUCAAAACAGACUGGAGCCAGGCAGAACUGUCCAGCUUCUGUGGAAAAGUCUAAGAGAAUGCCACAUUUUUUUCAGAGGACAUCCUGCAAUGCUGUUCUGCAAGCACAGCCCUCCUCUCUUACUAGUAGCUUGCAAAAUCAUGGAUCAUCUGAACUGCAGCAGCAACCUCCCAAUGUACUUCAAAUGCUUCAGUGUAGAUCACUUAAUCYAUCUGAACAAAAUGCCCCGGCUCUCUCAGGUAUAAUCUCAGCUGUGCCUGCUCUGCACAAUGCUCCAGACCAGCAAACUCCUCAGAGUACUCCAAAGACAAAUCAGUCUUCUGUCUCCCACUCCAGAAAUGCUGCUCCAGAGGUGAUUCAUACCAUUUUCCAGGUUCMCAGUGCUAACUGGAGUAAACAAGCUGAGCAAACAAGACAUCUAGACAAAUCAAAUAAACUUCAAAACAAGACCAGCAUGAGAACUGCUGAUUCAAUAACCAUAAGUCAAGAACAAAGUCUUAGUACACCCGAUGAUAAAUGUAAUGAUAAAAACAUACUAGAGCCAUUGUCUGAACUUCUUCCAAGGAAAGAUGCAGAAUUUAGGACUAUAGAUUCCUGGGCAAGUCUGUGUAAAACAAUGAAGCUUCCAGCUCCAAUAAAAGCAUCUGCUGAGAGCUUCAAACAGUUCAGGGAUGCAGUAUUAAAGAGRAGUGGGCAAGAGCAGGAGUUAAAAAGGCCUCUGGUACAAGCYGAGAGGGAGCUGCAAAAUCUUCCACAAGAAAACCAAAGGGGCCAUGACAGCACAGGAUUGGAUGCCAUGGCAGUGACAGACUGUGAGCUUGAAAAAGAAACACCUGAGAGCAAACUGCCCCAAGCUCAACAACAUAUUCUUGAUCAGGACCGUAACUUGGCUAGAAAAAUGGAACAAGAACGCAGGAGGAAAGAAGCAACAGCUUGGAUAAUUGAUGUGAAUCUGCAGAGAGAUAUUAUGGCAUCUUUYGAAGAGUAUCUUGAAUGAAAGCAGUAUUUUAUAUAGAACUUCAAACUACUUCAAAUGGCACAGUUUUGUU